UAGUAUGUCCAGCUCUUCCUUCAAAAUCAAACAAAAUAUGUUUGUUUGUGGUCACUAUAUAAACAUGAAAGAGGACAUUGUGCAAAUGCUAAGUCUGAUAAACCAAGCCCAAAUAUGGAUAUAUGCACAUAAUAUUGAUCCAUGCUCUAAGUCCAAAGACCUCUGAGCAACAUCUUCAGUUUUGAGCAUACAAUCAGUAGUCAAUUCACUAUUUUUUAGACACCACUUCUUCAGAACAGAAAUAAUAUAAAAUGAUCAAAUACUUAAAUAACAAAUACAAUUAUUUUAAAUUGCAAUGUAAUUUUACUUAAGUUCCCCAAAUUAGCCAAAUAACCUACAGGGUUUUCACCAUAUGAAUUAUUGAAUUAUUUUUGAAUGUUGCGGUUCUGGAGAAUUCUAUUUUUUCUUUUUCUUUUUGGUUUCUAAACGGUCAUAAACAAACACUGUUCCCCUCCAAUGUCUUUCCACCACAUUUCAGUUUUAUUUUGCUGUGUCAUAGUAUGUUGUGUAUCCUAAAUAAUAGGCUAUCAAAAAUAUUUUCACACCUUUUUCACAAUAUGACAAAAUUACAGCUUGACUGGAAAUAUCACAAGUGAUAUUUGUUUAUUUUUUUCACACGUCUUAUAUUUCAUCUUAGCUUAUGCUCUUCACAGACAGUGUUGUUCGUAUUCAUAAACUGUAUCAAAAGUUUUUUUUAUAGCGAAAAAAACAAGAAACAGCACUGCAUUGAAAUAAAAUAACAUAAAGGAAAGAAAAAACAACAGGAUAACACUUCAAUGACUCAAUCACAAAUAUAUUAUCAUAAGCCUUAAACUUGUUAGGCCUAUUCUUAUUGUUAUCAAUGAGUUUAAGAAAUUUAACAAUAAGCUAAAUCUAUAAAAGACGAUCUAGGUAAAAUGAAAUUUGUUUUUGCCAAUAAAGAAUUUACAAUGCUUUAUUAAGAGUUUAUCAGUUUUGGAGAUCAGUCACAACAAUCAUGAGGAACAGUCCUGUUUUUCAGUAUAAUUAUAACAAACAUUAAUGCAAAGUUUUAUGAAGCUAUAAACGUAAUCAUAUGAUGGAUUUUCAAAAUUCAAACUAAUCUAAAACAAACAAACAAAAAACAAUACUUUUUCGUUUUAAAAAACUACUACUACUACUAUAAUAAUUCAACAGUAAGAACUCGAUUAGCAAGUUUCGCGCCAAAACAUUUCCUUGACAGAAACAAAGCGGUGUCUGCAGCGCGUUCGGUCGCCAUGACAACUACAGUUUUGUUCGUUGGCGUCUGAACGUCAGACCGCAUUUAGGCUUAAAAGAGUCAACGUGCAGCUGUUGUUUACUACAGUAUUUUGAGAGGAAAAAUACGCACCAGCCAAACACACUCAGAAAUGCAGAGGAAUUUGCAUCUCGACGACAUUAUAUCCAAGACACCAUCCCUUGACUCUGACCUGUCAUCAUCAGACAAUGAGGGAGAGAUAUCUGUUCUUCAGCAACCACCAGUGAUUCACUUGCCGAAAGGAAGCAGUGUGAACUUAGAGUGUCCAAAAGUCGAGCUUCCUGUGGGUCACAAAACAGAAGAGUUACUGAAUGAAAAAGUGCCCCGUAAAACAGAGCACACUGUGCCUUUGCAACAAAAAGCAAACAAGACUAAUUGGACAGAGUCCCAGUUCUGUCCAGUUUUAUCACUGACACCUCUUGAUACCUGGGAUCUUGACCAAGUCCUUCAGACUCUACGGCAACACAAACCUCUUGUCAAGCCAAUUCAGUCUGAUACACUCAAAGGCAAUGACAGUGGAAUGCAUGCAAAUGAUUUAAUGAAGCAGCUGGUUGCUUUUUGUGAGAAGAAAGUAAAUGAGAUGGAAAUAAAGACAAAUGUUUCUUCUGGAAAAACCAGUAAUAUACAAGAAUCAUCCCUCAGAUGUGCUGAGAGACAGAUGAAUGAGGCAGACUUUAAAGGGACCUCAGCACAAUUACAACACUAUCAAGAAUCUCCUACCAUAUAUAUUGAUUUGCGCAACAAUGCAUUUCAAACAAAACAAUCAGUCAUUAGCCAGAGUAACAGUGUCAUAAGUCCUGCAAACCCAGACAAGGAAAUGAGCUCCACUAAAAAGACGUCUAACACAAAUUCAGGAGCAAAUGGACAGAAAAGAGGAUUUUCUGGGAAGAUUUUAUUACUCAGAAACAUGAGAAAGCCAGAUAAAAGUAUGUUAGAGAUGUCUGGGAGCUGGAGAAAUCCACAAGAUUUUGCUGAGGCUAGGCAGAAAAACUCUUCAGGGAAAAGUAUAAAGAAAAACCAGCUUCGUAAUUCUGAAACUAGCUGCAGUAAACCUGGUGUUCAGUGUCCUACUGUGAAACUUGACCAACAUAAACAGUGUACUCCAUCUUCUCAUAAUCCAGCUGCUCAAAACAAGCAAAGAGAGCAACACAGUCAUAAAAUCAGAUGGCAGAAGGAUCUGAAGCUCUUGCAAACAUUCAGACCUCAAUAUUCUGCUAAUAACUGUGAGGAAGCUGCUGAGAGGACUGAUAUUCUUUAUGAUCCUGAAGCAUCCUACCUUCCUUCUGUGAACACUCUACUUCCAGAUCUACAGAUAAAGGACUGUUUGCUCCUGACUGUGCCCUUAUGCAGUCCUGGGAUGGUGGCUGGAAGAACACAGAGAAGAACCCAGUCAAUGGAUUCAGCCUUGAUCAAAUCACAUGUUUACAAUGCACUGAUAGCAUGGUUCAUGUCUUUGACUGAUCCUAAAACAUGUGGGAGAAAAGAUGACAAACUUGAUGCCCCUUUUUGGGUGGCUGGGCUACAGCAGUUUUAUAAGGAAGAUGGCUUGGCCUUGUACAUCUGUGCCAUGUCUCUUGAGGAUGAUCGAACUGGCUGUAGAAAAUCCAGGAUGAGGAAGGUGGAUAGCGACAAGAGCAUGUUUUACAGACGAGUGUGCAAGUUCUUUGCUCAGACGCCAUUGAAGACUGUUGCAUUCUGGGUACCACAGCUUAAUCAUUUGCUGGAGGAACAGGCUUAUUCUACCCGUGUCCACUUGCCCUCAUCUUACCUGGAGUGCUUCAUCUCUGUCAACCCAAAUCGAGAGGCUGUUGAACAGGUCUUCAGUAUGACCCCAGGAUUCUACUGGCAAACUUUGGAAACAGAAAACCAAAAAUGUCAAAGUGCAGAAGCCACAGUAUCUCAGGAGUGUCAUACUAAGACAGCACUUGUUCUGAUAGGCAGGGCACUGUUUCUUAAUCCACUUGCAAUGCAUCACACACUUGAGCUUAUGUGGAGAUCAAGUCUAGAUGUAUGUGGUAUCCGUUUCCUCUACCCACCCCAAGAGCUGCUGACGCACUUCGCAGUCGGCAAGUCAGUUAUGCAUGAAAGGGGACGUUCUUAUCAGCCAGUGCUCAUCAUAGCUUUCCGGGGUCCUCACGCUAACUCAGUGUGGCAGGAGAUCACAGGGCCAUCAGACCCCCAGCUGGCAAGGCGGACAGAUCCAGCAUCCAUCAACGCCCUGUACGGUCACAGUCAAGACCAGCUCUUGCUCUACUCACCCCGUCUUGCCAGUCUUGUACAUCUGGGGCUCUGCUUGUGGUUUGGUGGUAGAAUAGCAAAAAACACCCUGUCAACGAUCCAGGACUCUGGUGACUCUGGAGUGAGAUGUUCCCAUGUUCUGACCUCUUCUCCGGCAACUUUAUGUGCCACAGUGAAAGGGGAUAUAUUUCUCCUUGUGUCUCCUGUGGUUGGACCACGCUGUUACAGCUAUAUAAUAUCUACAUGUGCAAAAACAGGCUUCAGUCUGUUGGGACUUCAAAGAGUGCAGAUCUCCAAGAAACAAGCUCAAUCUUUAGGACUCACCACAAAGCAGGUAGCAGCAUUCUGUCACGCUCCCACAGUGUUUCUGGCUGGAGAACAGGUUGAGCUGUCCUCUCAUUGCCUGGUGCUGCUCAUGAGGAGAGAAAGUGCAGUUAAACACUGCUCCAGACUGCUGAUAGGUUUGAUGAAUGAGCUUGCCACACAAGGCCUUAUCGGAUCGAUCCGUUCAAGAUUCACAGAUGUUCUGGAUCCACAUGUCUGCUUUCACACUGUUGCCUACUCUAAAAACCACCACAAUGUUCUGGGUGGGCUCAUGUGGACAGUGCCGGAGUGUAGCCACAUGGUCUUGUCCAAACACGCAUAUCCCUCAUGUCCGGAGGCAGAGCAGGUGGUUGUUCUCACACUGACUGGUCAAAACAUUGUGGAGAAAGAAAUGGACUUUCUUCAUAAGGUUCUCAGGGGAGAUGGACCAGGACAAGAGGGAUUUGAGUUGCUGGCACUAAAGUGGGAGCCCAAGCUAUCUCUGCGACAGGCGCAAGAGUUGAGUCCAUUUGAGAUUGGAGAAAAAGAGUGGCAUAGCAGUGUGCAGAGCUUGACAUCCACUCCUGCCCUGGUCUUGGCUCUGAGAAGGGUGAGGGCAUUUAUCACCCUGCGUAGACUUUUACCACUAACUUAUCCAGGAAACCUGCAUGCAUUGAUGUCCCCCACACCUGAGACAGCUUUCAGACAGACCUGUCUCUUCUUCUCUGAGGCGGAAUUGGUCCCUGAUCACACUAGUCGUCCAUCAUUGAAAUUCUUACCGCCUCAUUACAUUGACACUCAUGGUCUCAGAAGUCAGUCGCUUUACAGUUACAUGGCAGUGGGCCCAGAGCCACUUUUGACUCUAGCUCUGUUCAAGCCCGGAGCCUGGAGCCACCGCUUUGGUAAAAUUCUCACCACAAUCAAACACAACGGAUAUACUCUAGUGGGCUUACGUGUGCUUCUACUGGACUCGAGCAUGGCAAAUGCACUGAUUCAUCCACCAGAGCAACAGGAUCCUACUGAAGAGCUGGAGUUGCAGUACUUGAGAUCAGGCCCAUCGCUGGCUUUGUGUUUACUGAGAGUGAAUGCAAUAAAAAGACUGUUGGAGCUCAUGGGCCCUGAGGAUCCUGUUGAAGCCCGUACUAUAGAUCAGACACUAUGUGUUGGCGCUGACAGGCUGCACAAUGGCAUCUAUGGAUCUCCGUCUUAUCGAAAAGCCGUAGAAGACAUAAAACUGUUAUUUCCAGAGGGUGUGUGCUGUAAUGAAACUUCAAUCAUGAGACAUGAGCAGAUAUCAUGCUUGCACUCAGAUCCUGAAGCUAGUUUGGACCGUGAACAGCUGCAUGCCCUUCAAACUAAAUUUUCUUUAGGAUUUGAUCAAGGGCCUUUGGUCCGCAGUGCUCUUUGUCAGACCACCUGCCUGCUGAUACCAUCCAACCUACUGCGGCAGAAUCAGCCUCCUCUCUACUCAGAGCUCCUGCAGCGGCUGCUUAGGACAGGCUGCCACCUGGUGGCCGGAAGGCUCUCCACACCAGAUGAGAAACAAAGACAGCACAUAUCAGAGUUACUGAGGUCCUCUGCUGGUGAAGCACUUCUACGUGAGGGGCCCUGUCUUAUCAUUGCUUUGCAAGCAGACAAUGCCGUCACGUGUUUCGAUAUCAUUCUCGAGAGCAUUUGCAGGGAGAGACCUGACUUUAAAAGAGUUACAAUGAAACUUCUUUACCCAAACUCUGAAAGUAGGGCAGUGAAAUUGCUGCGUUACCUGUUUGAUGAUCUCCGUCUUGACAGUCAUCACCACGUAGCACCACCAUAACCAGGAGUUUUUCCAUAAUAGGUACCUAGUGCUAAAAAUUUAGCUUUCUAUAUUUUCACAUGACAUUCUCGCCGUGUUUUCACACUGUUAAAGCAAUGAAAAGAGUGUCUUAAACUUGCUAGUGCAGAAAAGUCUUUUAAAAGUCUGUUUUAAAGUAGCAUACUAACUCCAGAAGAGUCACAUUGAAUUUCUUAAUUUGAUUAUAACUUGCACAAAAUGUUCUUAGUCCACUUUGUAACUGAUGAUUCACAAGUACAUGGGGGGAAAGAAGAAGACAAAACACUGGAGGCAGGUUAAAGAUCAAAAAUUAUUUAAUUCCCAAGAUGACAAAAAUAAUUCCAUGAAUUCUGUAAACCAUUGCAUAACUGCUGUAGUGUAGACAAGUGUUAACAAUUUUUUAAAUGAUACACUACAAGAGAAAGAUUAUGCAUUAUAAAUAAUACCAUCUUAAGUAAUUCUAGUGAAGAAAAACCUCUCUGGCCUUACACGCAGUCAAAACGUACAACUAUUCCAUAAAGAAGCCUCCAUAACUUAAACACAGAACUCCCAGUAAAUGGUUUUAAGGUCUUGUGUUGACAACACAUACACAAAGUAUUAUAUCGACAGCAAAUUGUAUAGUAUUUCAACACUAA